AGUAUAGUUAUGAAUUCAAAAAUCAUAAUGUUUGUGUACAUGUUUCAUUUUGUUUAAUUUCAAACUGCUUCUACACAAUUGUUAAGUGAUACAUCGACAUCAAGAGUUCUACAAACAUUGGACAGACUUGAAGACGAUGUGCUUUUGAUUCGAAAGACUCUUAAAGAAGAAAGUGAUUUAUGUAGAGAAGACAUUUCUACGCUUUCUAACGAAUUGCGUAAUUUACGAAAGGAUCUCGAUCACGAAAGAGAAUUUAGAAAAGUGGGUAUUUCUAACAGGUUAACGGAACCCUCUGGACAGGAUGUUAGCCAUUACAAAGAACAACUCGCUAUAGCGCAGCGCGGGUCAUGUGAUUGUGCUGCUAUUGUGAGUCAAUAUAAAAAUGUAAUGAAUGCUUUUAAGAUUGAAAAAUCCGUGAACAUGAUGCUUACAAAGAAAGUCGAAGAACUGAGAAAGGAGUAUGAUUUUGAAAUCGGAAAUGUCCGCGAAAUGUUCAAUUAUGUUGUUUCUAGAUUAAACAGUACAGACAGGGCAUUACGUUCAGAAAUAGACACAAUCAAAAAUGAAACUAAGGAAAAUGUGAGCGCUGCAAAGAAUCUGGUACACGAUAUCUAUGUCGUAUGUCAACAAGAGAUAAAUGACACACGUGAUUACUUCAACGACGUAAUGCUUCGAAAGAAAUUUGACGAAAUGAAAAAGGAACGUGAUAACGAAAUUGGAAAUGUCCGCGAAAUGUUUAAUAAUGUUGUUUCUAAAUUAAACAGUACUGCCAGGACGUUUAGUUCAGAAAUAGACACAAUCAAACAUGAAACAAAGGCGAAUAUGAGCGCUGCACAGAAGCUUGUACACGAUAGCUAUGUCGUCUGUCAAGAGAAUAUAAAUCAAACGCGUGCUUACUUCAAAGACGCGUUAACUCGUGUAAACGAGUCAAUGAAGGAUCGUUCGAUGAAUGCAUUGCACGAAAUAUCUCGUAUAAAAUCAGAUAUUGCCAAACUUAAAACAUCAAAUGAAAUCUUGAAGACAGUAACUGAUAGUUUAAUUAAACGUCCACAUUCUUGUGACUUUGUUGAAAAGAGUGGCGAAUACAUAAUUUACCCUAGUUCAAACUCGAAUGGCAUCAGAGUAUAUUGUUAUAAAGACUCCACAAACAGAGGAUGGAUAGUUAUACAGAGGAGAGCAGACGGAUCUAUGGAUUUCAACCGCACUUGGGCAGAUUACAAAGCUGGCUUCGGCGACCUAAGUGGAGAAUUCUGGUUGGGCAAUGAACAUAUCUACCAGCUGACGAAGGACGAACAAAGAGAACUGCGGAUUGAUAUGGAGACGUUCGAUGGAAAAAAGGGAUAUGCGCUGUAUUAAAAGUUCAGUAUUUCGUCAGAGUCUAAGAAAUAUAAGCUUCAUGUAACCGAUUACACUGGUGACGCUGGAGACGAUUUAGCUACGACGCGAUUUGGUAAUAGCCACAAUGGUCAGUCGUUUUCAACUUUCGAUGCAGAUAAUGACGAUUGGCCUAGAACAUGUUGUGCAUGCAGGUAUGCAGGUGGAGGUUGGUGGUAUACGGGUUGUUACAUCGCCAAUUUAAACUGGAGAUACUUCAAGAGUAGCUAUAAAGAUCUUGACAGUGGAAUUAUCUGGCUAAGUCUCACUGGGUACAAUACAUCUUUGAAAUUUGUCACAAUGAACAUACGCUAAGGAUGCACUUUGAUACGUUGAUAUUACUUGAUAGAUCAUUGCCAUAAGAGCAAGACAAAUAAUUGUUGUUCGUGUUUAAUCCGGCAGUGCGCUAUAAUAUAUAGUUGACUUAAUACAAAUUCCACUUUAUUUGUUAACACUUUUUAUUUGUAAGUAAAUGUGAGACACCUACCAGAUUAAAUCCAGUCGGUUAUAUAUUGAAGAGAUAGCCUGCUCAAAUACAUCGGGCAUCAGUGCAUACCAAGUUGUAACUAACAAAUCGCUUCUCCCCUUCUUUAUAACUUUGUUAAAAUACACUAAAUUUGCUACUCUUGUUUCUCCCUUUUUAAAUGCCUCUACGUUUUAGACAAUG